UCCAGGCCUGACCCGUGCCCUUGGCAGUGCUGCGCAGAGGCAGGCUCCUGUGUUGGGCUCAGCCCAGGGGCCAGGCCGCAGCCCCGUGUUGCGGCGCUGAGGGGCCCCGACCCACCCGCAGCGUUAGGGAGAGGGCAAGGAGCCGAUGAACAGCAGGGCAGGAUGCCCGGGAACACGAAGACGCUGGACCCUCGCUAUUUCGUGCUCAUCAAGCCGCUGCCCAAUCCCACACAGAAAGGCGUAAAGGUGCGGGCCAGGAGCAGCACCGCGUACCGGCGCUGGGAGCCCAGGCGGGAGGACGUGUUCUGGGAGAACUACCACCGACGGCACCAGCAGCUCACUCGGCAAGGCUACUGGACCCCCAGCUGGAAACCCUACCAGGAGCUCGGGGAAAUGCUCUACCUAGAACCAAAGAAACUCACCCUCUACUACUUGGGACAGCUCCCUCAGGAACCAGCAAAAGAAGAUGUCCAUGUUCCUCAGGAAGAGAUGACUACUACAAAGGAUUCCCCCAAGCCAAAGUCUGCUCCACAGGAAAGUCUGAAGAAACCUGCUCAAUUCAAGCAACUAGAAAAGAAUCUGAGGACUCUCAGUAAAGAUCUUACUCAUACAAGGCAUUUGAUAAAUUCUGUGAAGCAGGGUCGGGGGUACUUCUACUUGCUUCACAAAGAAUCACUGGAAAGGAAGAAUGCGCUAAAAGCAGCAGAGGAGGAGCAACAGGCAAGAUGGGCAACUGAAUGCCAGCCACCUGGAUAUUCAUCUGAUGAGGAACACUCGGAUGAAGAGAGAAAUGAUUUCUUUUUAACAGAUGGUCCCUUGCUGAGGAAGGCAGUGAAGAAGAAAAUGAAGACGGUUGUACGACCUUUCACACCUGUCCAUAACAACCUCUUGGUUCCAAACACCUCUGAAGCAGCCAUUGAACCCCUUUUUCGACAACUAUGUGCUUUACACUGGCUUUUGGAAGCUUUGACUCUUGAACCUAACUGCUCUAUAAAAUCUGUGUUAACCUGCUGGAAUCCAAAGGACCCUGGUGGCAGUAAAAGUACAUUAAAAAAAAUCAAUAAGGAAAAGACAGCAAGGUACAGAUGGGAGCACUUUAUCGUGGACACAAAGAAAUCCAGCCAGAAAGCACCACGUAUUCAGCUUAGCAGGAAGACAAACAAGAGAACAUCUGUCAUAAGCAUCUCUCGGCUUAGUGGUCCGUCAUCUUCCCACAGUCGAACACCUCCUGGCAGCACACCUUCCCUUGUCCCCAGCUCUGAAGACUAUGCCAAUGUGAACACAGCUCCCUCUGAUGGUACCAGAGAAUUUGAAGAUAGUGAGUCGAUGCAGAGUAAGCAAACCAAAGAAGAUGAAGAGCCUGUUAACUAUUACUUACAGAAGUUACUUCAGAUAAUCCAUGAAGAUGUGGCAAAACAAUUUGAUGCAGAAGAUUUGUCUAAGAAGACUAGACUGCAGAGUGCACAACCAGCCUAUCAGAGGAAUGAAAGAGUUAGCAUAAGUGGAUUGAAGGACCAAGAGAACAUAACAUUUCCGGAACAGAGGCAUAAGAGUUCCCUGUAUGGGGCUCAGAAGGAUGACAAAGUAAACGCAACAGCAGACCAAGACAGCAUAACAGCAGGGGACCAGAGGCCUAGAAGUUCACUCUCUGUGACUGUGAGAGAAGACAAAACAACCACAGCAACCUUUAAAGAAGAAGAGAGCACAAAGCACAUAAAGAGGACCAAAAGCCGCCAUGCCAGCUAUUUCAUUGAAAGCAAAUGUAAUUUGCAUGCUGAGAUGAGACAGAAGUUCUCAGCCAUAGCUGAAGAAGCAGCACUUUGUUUACAUGACAACCUGGAGAUACUUGAAAGGCGGCGGGAAGAGAAAUGUUCACAGAAAUACCGAGCUUUAAAAAGUAUCAAGUGUUUUGAGAGAGACCUAGAAAGAAUGAGACAAUCUGGAACAAGAGCUGAAAGAGAACAUGAUGAAGAUGAAUGCAACUGGUUUCUGAGUUUGAUAUCCAGACUCCCCAGUGCUGUGAAGAAUGACAGUCGCACACAGAAAAUCUUAAAGAAACUGGAAAAAUUUGGCAAGAACCCAGACUUGAGAAUCCGUCCCAGCACCUUUCUGAAGGUGCUGAGUGAUCUACGUGUAUGGGAGUUGUGUUCUCCAGACAUCUCUGCAGCUGUGGAGUUUGUGCGUGAAAAUAUUGUUCAGAUCCAAGAAGAAGUUUACAAAGGGUGGCUGCAGACUCAAGUCAAAAUCCCUAAAAGAAUGCAAAGUGCUCCACCUUUUUAUUGAAUGGGCAAAGACGAUGGUUUCCUAGCUACAAGAAGACAGUCUUGUUGCUUCAAGCGGGGAUCUGUUUGUAGUUGAAGUAUGCAUCAGUGAAAUUUGGAAGAAAGGCAACUUUGAAAAACAUGCUGAUUGUGUAUGCCACUUACACACUGAAAUGUGAUUUCACAGAGCUGAUUUUUACUAUCAGGCUAGAUUUAUGCAGUGACCGACACAGAACAGAAACUAAAAAUAGCUGCUCCUUUUCGGAUGACAUCAUGGAUCACCAAAACCUCGGUCUCAAGGUUCUAUUUAGAGUGAAGACAGAAACACUCAUCAGAUGGCAAUGGAGAACUGAGUGGCAAUAACACUUUUCCACCUUUUUCCCCUUGUCUAUAAUACCACCUCCUGUUUUUGGUUUUCUAUCUGCUUAUUUGUUAUACUGCUCUGUCUUCCACAGUUUUGCUCCGUUACUUCUGCUUUCAAUAAUCCCCAGCAGGUCUGUUUGAAGCUUUAAACGGGAUGCUUUUUGUAUCAGAUUUUGUGUCUUAAUUGCUAAAAUGUUUGAUUUAUACAUUGUUUCUUCCAGACUUUUUUUUCCUGAAUAUGGCUAAAGUUUUGCCUUAUUA